CAUUCAAUAUGUCUGCGCCCUACAGCAAGGUGGUAAAGGAACAAUAUUUUUAUAACAAGCAUUAACAAGACGUUGCUAGGAAGUUUGUAGACAACGUAUGACUGAAACGUGUGUCAUUAUAGCCACAUCGAUGUUUCCGACAACAGCAAAAACCUAAAGGAGGCACUUGACAGUUUGUUAUUUGACUUAAGGAUCACAUAUAGUGAGUUCAUUACUUUCUGAAAUUCUCUUAUAUUGUUUUGUAGGUUGAAAUCCAGCCCUUAGUCGAAACAACACAGACUGGCAGUCCACUUAGUUCACAGGCUUUUAAAACUCCAAAUUAUAUAUUCAGGCUGGCGUUGUGGUUGUUGUGUUCCGCAGAAAUGCGGUUGUUGGCGACUGCUUGUUGUAAUACAUGCACGCCGAAUUCAAGAAUGUUUUCUUCUGAUACGGAAUAUCUCUUAAUAUAGCAAAUACACGGGAAAAUAUUUUUGUUAGAAAUAAAAACAUAUAAAAUUCAAAAACUUUUGAAUGAAAUUCGGUGUGUUCCUUCCAGACUAGAGGAGCAUGCGCCAAAGCUAUAUAGCUAAAGUUAUAUUGGCAUUUGUUUGUUCUGCCACACAGUGAAUCUUCCAAACAAAUCUGCUAAUACAAUGGCUUACAGAAGAGCUGUAAACCUUCUUCCGAGUGGAAAUGGGUGUGUCUUUAGUCUGUGGAUACCUCGUUUUCAAAAAUUACCAAAUGUCAUCAGCCAAGCUGUCAGAUUUUAUGAACACACCAAUAAUAACUGUGGCAAAACUACAAGAACUCUUUAUACUGGUACACCAUUAAUGGCAGCCAAGUUGCUGUCAGUGGAUGAACUUUUUGCCAAGAGUUCUCUGCAGGAAUACUUCAAGAAGAUAGAGGCAGAGUACAGUGAAUGUUUGAAAACAGUCAACAGUAAUUUGACGGAGGAGCAGUGCAGUGAGGACGAACUGAGGGCCAAGAGGACCAAAGUGUCCCAGCUUGCUCCCCUUAUCCAGAGCAUCAGAGAGCUGGACACCAAACAAAAAGAGAUUGCUGAGACCGAGAAGCUCCUAAAAGAUGAAGAUCCAGCCCUGCGAGAACUGGCGGAGCUGGAAAGAGAAGACUGUCUGCAAGAUAUUCAAGAGUUUAGACAAAAGAUCCUGGGUCUGUUGAUCCCUGAGGAGGAGGUGGAUUUGAGCGACCUUGUCCUUGAGGUUACAGCUGGUGUCGGGGGUCAGGAGGCCAUGCUGUUCACUGCUGAGGUGUUUGAUAUGUACCAGGGCUACGCUCAACACCACGGCUGGUCCUUCGACAUCCUGGAGCACAUGACCAGCGAAAUAGGUGGACUACGUCAUGCCUCAGCCAGCAUCAGCGGCCCUCAGAGCUACAAGAGGAUGAAGUUUGAGGCUGGAGUCCAUCGAGUUCAGAGGGUUCCCAAGACUGAAAAACAGGGCAGAAUGCACACCAGCACCAUGACUGUGGCUGUACUGCCCCAACCCACUGAGAUCUCUUUCACAAUAAAUCCGAAGGACCUGAGGAUAGACACUAAGAGAGCGAGUGGAGCUGGAGGUCAACAUGUCAACACCACAGACAGUGCAGUCAGAAUAGUGCAUCUGCCUACAGGUGUGGUUGCAGAGUGCCAGCAGGAACGGUCCCAGCUGAAGAACAGAGAGAAAGCCAUGAAGGCUCUGAGAGCAAAGCUGUACAGCAUGAAGUUAGAGGAGGAGACCAGCAAACGCUACAACCAGCGUAAAAUACAGAUUGGCACUAGAGGCAGAUCAGAGAAGAUUCGAACCUACAACUUCGCCCAGGACCGUAUAACAGACCACCGGAUCGGCAUGACAGUGCACGACAUCAAGAGCUUCCUGCUUGGAGAGGAUCUGCUGGAUGAGAUGAACUCCUCGCUGCAGGAGUUCUCUAACCAGGAGACGCUCAUGGAACUGCUGGGAGAAAACGACCAGGAGGGCUCAUGAGCUUGUUGCUACAUGUUUUAGCAAAGCACUAAAACGGUAAUAUUGGCCAUUCCUACUCUGUUUCUGCAGGAAAAACUGAGUGAAAGGACUUUCAUGGAUUAUGAGGGGGACCAAGGCUGAAUGCUUCUGCCCAUCAAAUGUAAAAAACAAAACACAGACAUUUUAACUUCCAUACUCAUGUCGAGGAGUAACAAUCAAUGUCAGCACAAACAUAAAAGUGGCUAAUUAAAUGACUCAACUAUGGAGUGAUUAUAAAGACUUGUACUUCAACAUGAGCUGUAAUAAAAGUGACUCAUUCAGAGUUUCUGGUCACACUCAGUGCCUCUCAGAUGCUAGAAGGUUUCUAAGGUUGCUCUGAUGCUCUGCUGUUUAUUUAACAUAUACUGAGCUGGACAGACUUUGCAAAUGUUGUUUUUUCACUGUCAGUAACAGUAUGUGUUCUGUUAAUUAAUUAUUCAUUUAAAAUCAGUGUUGUAUAUGCUGCCGUAACUUCAAGAGCUACAAACUCAUGUACGCUCUAUGGCUAAACGUAUGUGGACACUGGAACAAAGUGGACAGCCACACAUCCCACUCACAUGUGAUUGUUUGACAUCUCAUUCAAAAACAAUCUGCUGCUAUGACAGCCUCCCACUCCUCUGGUUUCAGGAUGUCCACAAGAUUUAGGAACCUGGCUGCAGGGAUUUGCUCAACUCAGCCGCAAGAGCAGUAGUGAGGUUGGGCGCUGAUGUUGGGUGAUAAGGCCUGGAUCGCAGUUAGAACUCCAGUUCAUCCCAAAGGUGUUGGAUGGGGUUGAUGGUGGCUCUGUGCUGACAAGUCAAGUUCUCCCACGCAUCCUGGUAUCUUAAGUCCAUGUAAAAGCACAAAUUGGCAAGUAGAAACAGGAAAGGGCAAAAUAUGCUAAUGUAUAAAGUAUCAUGUAUGGCUGCAGCUAAUUAAAAUAAAUAUUGAAUGAUAGAUUAAUUGA